UGCUCGCAUGCAAGUGUUUUUUUCUGUGUGUCGUCAAGCAAAUAAAAAUUUAAUUAAAUUUUCGCAGUUAUUGUGUCUUUAGAAAUUAUAAAUUGUGAUUUUUUAAAUAUAUACAUUUCAAGAGUUUGCAAAAGUGUGAAGUUUUUGUGAAACAUAGUGUUUUUAUACUAUUUUACAAAAUUUAAUUUUGUGCGCGUUGAUCAUUUUUUUGUGUUUUAAUAUUCUUUUCUGUGUUUUUAUUUACAACGUAGUGUUAUUUCUUUUGUCUUUGACGUUUGUGCCUGAUUCCCUUUUGCUGUCCUGUACGUAUUAAAUAUUAAAUUAGCUUUCCUGAGCAUACUUUUAGGCUGUUACUGUAAAUUUGUUAUUACACUAUUUCCCUAAUACACUGUUUCCUUUAGUAUUUCGAAUUAACAUGGAUUGCUCGAAUAAAAAUUGCAAAGUUACUAGUUUUAAAGAACGUUUACUAACAUGUUGGCUAUGCGAUAAGCAUGAACAUUUAAAAUGUGCAGGUCUUAAUGGCCGCCAUUUUGAUGUUCUUACUGAUCGCGAAAAAUAUGGUUUACGUUGGGCAUGUAUUGAUUGUAGGCCCUUAGAAAUUAACUUUUAUACCCACUUCAAAGAGUCCAAAACUGAAUUAGCAGCUUUGAAGAAGGUUUUCGACGAAGCAUUUUUAAAGCUUCAGCAUUUUGAAAAAAAGUUUAAUAAUUUUCAAUUCCUGGAUGGAUCUCCGAAACGAAAGAAAUCCUCAGUUUUUGUACCUGGUGAUGAUUUGAUCCGUUUAAAUUCACCAGCUGUGGCUCAGCCACACAACGCUGCCAAAUCUUUUGGCUCGGACAUCCCACCCUCUAUUGAUGAUAAAACUAUUGAAAUUGUUACAGGAAAUGCUCCGGUCGAAAUGCAAUCUUCUAAAACCGUACCUAUAGCUUCUCAAUUCUUAGCGCCUGCAAUUGUUGUUAACUCGUCCAGUACAAUAGCUAAUACUAUUCCUGUAAUUUCUACUGACAACACUAAUAAGCAAACGUUAUCGUCUCCACGUUCGGCAGAACCGUUAAGGGAAGCUUCUGUUACUGCAGAAUCUAAUAAGCCUUUCGUUCUCACCAAGCCUCGAGCGGUUAUAGAAACAAAAUCUGUUCCUGCAGAUAAAUUUAAAAAUAAUCUAUCUGUUUCUGCAGAUACUAUUAAUGAAAAGUCUGUUUCUGCAGACAAUAACAAUGUAAUCCUUACGCCUUCUGAUUUAAAUGAAAAGUCUGUUUCUGCAGACAAUAAUAACGAAUUCCCUAUGCCUUUGCCUACGGAUCAACUUAUUGUUGUAGCGCCGCGUAAAACUAUAUUUGUGUCUCGAUUGCAUCCCGAUACUACAGUUGAUAACCUUCGGUCUUACAUAAAAACAAAAAUUCCAAAUUUACCUGAUAAUGGCAUAAAAAUUUUUAAAUUUAACAAGUCCCAACCUCGCGAUAUUUCAUCAUUUAAAAUCAUUACUCCUGCUAAGUUAUUUAAUUUAAUAGUUAAUAGAACGUUCUGGCCGGAUGGAUUGUUGGUAAAGGAAUUUGUAUUUAGGGAAAGAACAAACCCCGUUAAUUUACCAGUUAAUCUUUCAGUUGUACCAUUGUCAAAAAACUAA